UUAAUGAUGGGAACAUUUUUAACAUUUUUUUUGACACCUCCCUUUCGUUACUCUUCAAACUACAUAACCAUUUCAUAGUAAAGCGCGUUAAGCAUCUUUUCAAAUUGCCUUUUUCAUAAUAAAAUUCUAACUAUUAUUAGAACAGUUUACAUAUCGAUAUACAACCUUCAUGUCUAUAUAAAGUUAAACCGCAACAUAUUAAUUACUGAUGUCUGACUUCAACGAUACAAGUAAAUCAUUCACAAAUCUACUUUUCAGAUAAUCCACCAAAGAAAUGGAACAGAAGAAGGAAAUAAAUCUCGAAUCAGUGCUAGAGAGCCUCGGCCCGUACGGACGCUACAAUCUAUUGAAUUUCGUCUUGCUUCUUUUUCCUGUGCUGUUGAGCAGUUUCUUUGAGUGCGGAUUCAUCUUUGAGGCUGCGGAACAAACGUACAGAUGCAAAGUCUAUGGCUGCGAUGGGAGAUACAAUGACACUUCCUGGGUACAGUACGCCAUACCUACGAACAAAGAAACUAAUCGACCGGAAUCCUGCGAAAGAUACGUACCACUGAACUCCACGGAAUCUCAAUGUACUCCUCACAGUUUCACCAAUGAGACGAUGGCGUGUGAUGAAUUCGUUUUUGAGGAUUCCCAUAAAAUUUCUCUUGUUGAAGAGUUCAAUUUAGAAUGUCAAGAGUGGAAGAGAGCAUUAGUUGGAACAGUGCACAAUUCCGGUAUGUUCGCAGCUAUGCUAGUCACUGGAGCUAUCUCCGAUAGAUUUGGCCGAAGAGUUGCUGUUGGCAUGGCAGCUACAACCAGCUUCAUAUUCGGCAUAUCAAGAGCAUUCGCGCCCGGAUACUUAACCUAUCUAACCUUGCACUUCUUAGAAGCCGCAUUCGGUGGUGGAUUAUACCCAUCUGCCUAUGUAUUUAUUGUUGAAUUGGUCGGUCUCAAACAGCGCGUGAUCGUCUCAGCUAUGUGCAACAUGACGUUCGUCGUUGGUGUCGUCCUCAUAGCCCUUCUCGCUUGGUUCGUCAACAACUGGAGGACCUACAUCCUCAUCAUAUACGCUCCAGGAAUCCUCGUCGGAAUUUACGUUUGUUUCAUGAACGAGAGUGCAAGAUGGCUACUCAGCAAAGGAAAAAAAGCCCAAGCGAUCAAAACACUCAAACGUGCCGCAAAAAUAAACAAUUUAGAUUCUCGUAACUUAGAAUUAGAUUCGCUGAGUGAUCCUCUUCUGAAACAAGAGAAUAAUCAGACGUUGGAUAAGAAAUCUCAGUUCUCGAAGGCCUUACGUUCAAGUAUUAUAUGGAAGAGAUUACUGAUAUGCUCAUUUUUGUGGUUGACGUGUUCUUUGGUUUAUUACGGACUUUCUAUAAAUUCAGUGUCGUUGAGUGGUAAUAAAUACCUGAGUUUCAUGUUGGUUGUACUGGUCGAAAUACCCGCGUAUAUAGUGGUUGUAAUCGUGCUGGACAAGUAUGGUCGGAAAAAGACAAUGAUCACUACAUAUUUGACUUGUGCUGCAACGAGCUUACUGUUUGCGUUCCUGCCGAGAUCGAACUGGUGGUCCAUCCCGCUGUAUCUCAUCGGCAAGUGGAGCGUGACUCUCACGUACAGCUCGGUGUACAUCUACGUGUCUGAAGUGUUCCCCACCAACAUGCGGCAGACCCUCAUCAGCGUGUGCUCGACCGCAGGCAGGAUCGGCUCGCUCAUAGCACCGUUGACACCGCUACUGUCGUAUUAUCAUAGAUCGAUGCCAACGGUCAUAUUCGGUGGCAUGUGCUUUAUAUCCAGUCUUCUGGUUCUGAUGCUACCAGAAACAAGAAACAUGAGGCUACCAGACACAAUCGAAGAGGCCGAAGAACUUUCUCGAAUGAAAAGGAAAACUGAUACCGCCUAAGACCGCCUAAGAAUAAUGUGUGCUUUUAUAGUAAAUUUUAUAAAAUUUGGCUGUUUACGUCCACAAAAAUUGCAUUUUUAUAUAUAUAAAAAAAUGUACACCUGUUGCAUAUUGCGAUUUAUUAAACAUAUAUCGAUAGGGUAGUCGAAUUGUCAAUGAAUUUGAUGUAUUCAUUACAUUUUUGUAUUACUUAAUUAUUGAUAAAUGAUAUCUUUUGUUAGUUUAAUUAAAAAGAUUAACGUAUUUAAUUAUAUACGUUAGUAAUAAAGCCAUGAUACGUACUUACAUAUUUACCUACAUAAUAAUAUUUAUGUGCCAAAAUGCACUCGCUGAUUCAUAGUGAUAUAUCAAACGCCUUAAUACAAAUAUUUCUCUAGAUUUCUAAACAUAGUAUUUUUCGAAAUAUUUGUAAAGUUAGUGCAAAAAAUCGAAAAAAAAAUCGAAGGCUAUUUUUAAAAUGCCAUAUAGUGUAUUAUAUAAUUCACUCUUGAAUAUAAUUAAACGUUAAAUCAGAAGGUAAUUUUUAUAAUUUAUAUAUUUUCAGCUUAAAACACUGUAAAAUGUUAAUCCAUUAUUUAAUAUAUGCAUACAUGUUUAGCGAUUCUGAUAACGUACAAAAUUAAAACUUGAUUACAGAUUUGAUACUUUACCUUUGUCUUAAAUAUUUUAAAUAUUUUAUUUCAAAGUAUACUCGAGUUUUAAAACUGGAUUUUUUAACAUACAAACUUGUUUACUGCUCUGCAUCUGCACUAUCCUAACAUCCAGAAUUCACUAAAAUGAAAAAGACUUGGAUGUUAAAAAGUUUAAUAUUGUCAAAUUCGUAAUUUAUUGCACAAUGCGUACGCACAUUUAUAUAUAUUUAUUGAAACAAAGACUAUUUUUUCCAAUUAAAAGUUCUUUUUUUGGUAAUAUACAUUUUUUUUGUCAAACAAACUAAUAAAUACAUAAGAACCGAACUCAAAGCCAAACUAUCAUACCUUAUCUUUAUAAGACCUUUACUAAAAACUAAAUUAAAAUUUAAAAACUAUGUACUGUAUCAAAUAAUAUUACUUUUAUAAGGCUUAGAGGACAUUCGUAUCACAUGUUGACAUUCUUAUCACAACUUUAUGACUGACUCAUAAAACUGACAUUGCUCUUAAUUGUAUUCUAUUGUGUUACAUAGUACUUUAUUAAAGGAAACAUUGUGUACUCUAAUGAAUAAAAUUUUAUACCAACUGAA